CAGACAGGCAAGCGGUGCCAACAUGCCGGUGGCCAGGAGCUGGGUUUGUCGGAAAACUUACGUGACCCCGCGGAGACCUUUCGAGAAGUCACGUCUCGACCAAGAGCUGAAGCUUAUUGGCGAGUAUGGGCUCCGGAACAAACGUGAAGUCUGGAGGGUCAAGUUUACUCUGGCCAAAAUCCGCAAAGCUGCCCGAGAGUUGCUGACGCUGGAUGAGAAGGACCCACGGCGUCUGUUUGAAGGCAAUGCGCUGCUUCGGCGACUGGUCCGCAUUGGUGUGCUGGACGAGGGUAAGAUGAAGCUGGAUUACAUCCUGGGCUUGAAGAUCGAGGAUUUCUUGGAGAGGCGUCUGCAGACCCAGGUGUUCAAGCUCGGUUUGGCCAAGUACAUCCACCACGCCCGCGUGCUGAUCCGACAGCGUCGUAUCAGGGUCCGAAAACAGGUGGUGAACAUCCCAUCCUUCAUUGUCCGCCUGGACUCCCAGAAGCACAUCGACUUCUCCCUGCGGUCUCCAUAUGGUGGGGGCCGCCCAGGCCGCGUGAAGAGGAAGAACGCCAAGAAGGGCCAGGCUGGGGCUGGAGCCGGCGAUGAUGAGGAGGAAGAUUAGGCUCACCAGGGCCCU